GGCUGCCUGCUGCUUCUGUUUUCUGGUGAAGAGAUGUUUGUUCUACUUCAUGUUAGAGAGCUGAGACAGGCAGACUGUAAGCCAGAUGGGUAACGAGCCCUUUCUUGCCCAAGUUGCCAGGUCAGGCUGUGGCAGGUCUUCUUGGUUGAAUUCAGGGACUCUGCACCGUUCCCUUGGAGGAGAGGAGACCACUGGGAGGGGCUGACAAGGGUGGAACUUGAACUUUUUAGGAGGCAGCAGCAGAUGUGGAGCCUCAGGUUUUAAGGUGACUCAUUUGUUUCAGCAGCAAAGCAAAACUAGGCACUAUUGGUGGGGACUGUUCAGGGGAGAGGGAUUCUGCUUAAAAUCAUGACUUUGUAACCCUGUCGGGGAUCUGAGGAUGAAAAGAUUUCUUCAUAAAGGAGCGUCCUUCAUGCUCUGUAAUUGAACUUCUUUGGCAGGCAGGAACAUAGAGCAUUGAGAAUUUUGAGGAAAGUGUGAUUACAUGACACUUAAAAUGUAAACAUGUCAUAAUUUGGAACCAGUAGUAAAUUAACCUGGCUUCCAGAUCUUAGUCUAUGACACAAACUAGUCUGGGGAAACCACACUGAACCAUAAUUCCUCGUCACAUAAAGUCAGUUCGGCAGUUUUUAUGGGGUAUUCUAUAUCAGGGUCUGGUACCGUGCCUGUACACAGACAGGGUCUGCGCUGAAGGAAUUAGCUGUUUUCAGACCACUCUUCAGUUGUAGAACUUUAUGUGAAAUAUCACGGCAAGGCCUUGGUGGUGACUGUCACCCUUGGCAAUACAUUAGGGAUCACCUGGGGACCUUGUUGCAUGUAUUACACCCCAACCUGUGGGGAAGGCUCCCAGGUGACUCCACCUUUCAGUCAAGGUCAAGGUUGAGAACCACUGGCCACAAGUUGAUAUGGUCCAACAAUCAUUCAGUCUGGGCUUGGGGAGUCAUAAAACAUUUAUUAUUAGUUUAGUACAGGAAUUUUGAAAGCAUGGUCUUGGAAUAGUAUGUGGAUAUAGUUAAGAACAAAUAGAAUAAAAAUUAGGUAGUAGACCCAUCUCAUUCAUGAAUGACGUUGUAGCCUUUUUAAUUACAUCAGUGUUUCAGAGUUUGCUUUACUGGCCAACCUGCCAGCAGAAUUUUUGAAACUGUUGCCAGCUCUCUCCAGUCCUGGCCCCACCUCCCGUCCCCUGGAUUUCAACUCUGGCUCUAACACAGAUGCGGCUGCAGGCCCGAGGGCCGCUGGCCAGAGUUGGAACUGCAGGCUGUUUGCUCAGAGGAGCUGUGGAAUGCUGUCAGCACAGGAUGCCUGAGAAAGACAAGGCCUUCUUGAGCCUGCUUGAGUCUUCAGCUUACCCCUACCCUGCUUCUAAAUUUCUAAAGUCUAAUAUUUUGGGGUCAAGUUUGCUAUGUGACCUAUUUGCUAAUGUCACCUAUUUCUAGUCUUUAUAUAGUUAAUAUGUAUUACAUAUUGAUGCUCAAAUGAUAAGACUUGGUGUAUAUUUACUUAUUUUAAAGAAUUGGAGAGAUUUAAGACACCUUUAUUCUAUGACACUGUUGGCAAAUGUCGAUGAUGAUUCCAUAGUUUUUCCAACUUGAAAAUACUUUUAAGUUUAUAGCCCUUCACCCGACUGGGUUUAGAGAAUCACAUUGUGAGACCUGAGGGUUGUCCACAGUGUUGCAGCCCUUACCUUCUGAAACCAUGACUGUCGGAGGGAGCAAAGCUUCUGUUCUUGUUGACAUAUUCUGCUUUUCCGAAGGUUUCAGAGGUAGACUGAGUUAGUGAAGUAGCCUUUAUGCUUUGACUGGAGUUUGUGUACUGAGUGAUUUAGGAACCUGCCUGGUUCCUGAUAACUCCCAGAGUGACUUAGAGGUGAAAUGCCUCCAGGGUCUGCAGUGACUUAGAAACAACGAGAAGCAGCAGGCCGGGGUGGGACACUAUGGCUUUUGCCUGUAUUUGUGUGCGUGUCAGGCCCCAGGAGCUGAGUUUAGGUUUUCCAAGUCCUAUUAAGAAGCAUUUAGGAUUCUGUUGUGCUGUGUCUCAGUCAUCUCAACAUUUCUCAUUUCUAACCUAAAAGCAUGUCCAUUUAAAAAAUUCAAGAUUUCAUUAAUUUCAUCUAAAAUCUCUCAUAAAGUUUUGACAUAAUUUGGUUUCUAGACAGUAACCAAAUAAUUUUAUUUAUGUGAUGAGAAUAACAAGUGGUAUUUAUUGUCUAUACUUAUGCAAUUUUAUAGAUGGAGUUUUAACAUUGAAUGCGGAGAACACUAAUUAUGCCUAUCAAGUUCCAAACUUCCAUAAAUGUGAAAUCUGUCUGCUGUCUUUUCCAAAAGAGUCCCAGUUUCACCGCCACAUGAGGGAUCACGAGCAGAAUGACAAGCCACAUCGCUGUGACCAGUGCCCCCAGACAUUCAAUGUCGAAUUCAACCUGACGCUGCACAGAUGCACCCACAAUGGCGAGGACCCGACCUGUCCUGUGUGCAACAAGAAGUUCUCCAGGGUGGCCAGCCUCAAAGCCCACAUCAUGCUGCACGAGAAGGAGGAGAACCUCAUCUGCUCCGAGUGUGGGGACGAGUUCACGCUGCAGAGUCAGCUGGCCCUGCACAUGGAGGAGCACCGCCAGGAGCUGGCCGGCGGCAGGGCCCACACCUGCAAGGCCUGCAGGAAGGAGUUCGAGACGGCAGCGCAGUUGAAGGAGCACAUGAAGAAUCAUUACAAAAUUAGGAUGUCCAGUACGAGGUCAUACAACCGGAACGUCGACCGCAGUGGAUUCACAUACUCGUGCCCGCACUGUGGGAAGACGUUUCAGAAGCCCAGCCAGCUCACGCGGCACAUCCGCAUACACACAGGGGAAAGGCCCUUUAAGUGCAGUGAAUGCGGAAAAGCCUUCAACCAGAAGGGGGCGCUGCAGACCCACAUGAUCAAGCACACAGGCGAGAAGCCCCACGCCUGUGCCUUCUGUCCUGCUGCCUUUUCUCAGAAGGGGAACCUGCAGUCUCACGUGCAGAGAGUGCACUCCGAGGUCAAGAAUGGCCCUACCUAUAAUUGUACAGAAUGUAGCUGUAUAUUUAAAAGUUUAGGUAGCUUAAACACUCACAUCAGCAAGAUGCAUAUGGGUGGGCCACAGAACUCCACGAGCUCCACGGAGACUGCUCACGUUUUAACGGCCACGCUGUUUCAGACUUUACCUCUUCAGCAGACGGAAGCCCAGGUCCCGUCAGCUUCCAGUCAGCAGAGCUCGCAGGCAGUGACCGACGUCAUCCAGCAGCUGCUGGAGCUGUCGGAGCCUGUGGAGUCCAGCCCGGCGCCCCCACCCGGCCAGCCGCUCAGCAUCACCGUGGGCAUCAGCCAGGACAUCCUGCAGCAAGCCUUAGAAAACAGUGGGCUGUCUUCAAUUCCAGCUGCAGCACACCCCAGCGACGCCAGCCACCCCAAGAGCUCCGCCGUGCAGGGUCAGGACCCAGACCUUCCCCAUGUGCCCAGCGAGCCCCCUGGCUCUGGUGAUGCGGAGCCGGAGAAAGAACAGGAGAGCCCAGAGAAGCCGGACAGAAAGGAGAAGAAGCUGAUGAAGAGGAAGUCCCCAUUUCUGCCCGGGUCCAUCCGCGAGGAGAACGGGGUCCGGUGGCACGUGUGUCCCUACUGCACCAAGGAGUUCCGCAAGCCCAGCGACCUGGUGCGCCACAUCCGCAUCCACACGCACGAGAAGCCCUUCAAGUGCCCGCAGUGCUUCCGGGCCUUCGCCGUGAAGAGCACCCUGACCGCGCACAUCAAGACGCACACGGGCAUCAAGGCCUUCAAGUGCCAGUACUGCCUGAAGAGCUUCUCCACGUCGGGGAGCCUCAAAGUGCACAUCCGCCUGCACACAGGAGUCAGACCUUUUGCUUGUCCUCACUGUGACAAAAAAUUCCGAACCUCAGGCCAUAGGAAGACACACAUAGGUUCCCACUUUAAACACUCGGAGUUGAGAAAGAUGAGGCACCAGCGGAAACCCGGCAAAGUUCGUGUGGGCAAGGCCAGCACUCCAGUCCCUGACAUUCCUUUGCAAGAGCCAAUCCUCAUAACCGACGUAGGUCUUAUCCAGCCCAUUCCAAGAAACCAGUUUUUUCAGAGUUAUUUUAAUAAUAAUUUUGUAAAUGAAGCAGAUAGACCAUACAAGUGUUUUUAUUGUCAUCGUGCAUAUAAAAAAUCUUGCCACUUGAAGCAGCACAUCAGGUCUCACACAGGGGAGAAGCCCUUUAAGUGCUCUCAGUGUGGAAGAGGCUUUGUUUCUGCAGGAGUGCUCAAAGCACACGUCCGGACGCACACAGGGCUGAAAUCCUUCAAGUGUCUGAUCUGUAAUGGAGCCUUCACCACGGGGGGCAGCUUGCGGCGGCACAUGGGCAUCCAUAAUGACCUGCGGCCCUACAUGUGUCCCUACUGCCAGAAGACUUUUAAGACCUCCCUGAACUGCAAAAAGCACAUGAAAACCCAUCGCUAUGAGCUGGCUCAGCAGCUACAGCAGCACCAGGAGGCCGCCUCGCUCGACGGGAGCUCCGUGGACCAGCAGGCCGUGCACGUGUCCACUCAGAUGCAGGUGGAGGUCCAGAGUGAUGCGCUGCAGCCACCGACGGAUGCGGUCGCCACAAACCCUGAGGCCAUGCUGGACUUGGAGCCGCAGCAUGUCGUGGGUGCAGAAGAUGCAGGGCUGGGCCAGCAGCUGGCAGAGCCGCCCCUGGAGGCAGAUGAAGACAGGUUUGUGGCUCCACAGCACGCACUCCCUGGGCACAUGGACCAGUUUGAAGAGCAGGCUCCUCCGCAGCAGUCCUUUGAACCAGCGGGCUUAUCACAGGAUUUUACAGUAACGGACACGUACAACCAGCAGCCUCAGUUUCCACCUGUGCAGCAGUUGCAGGACUCAAGCACACUGGAGUCUCAGGCCCUGUCCACAAGUUUCCACGAGCAGAGCUUACUUCCAGUGCCCAGCUCUGAUCCCAUGAACGUGACAACUCCUUUGAUUCAAGAGCCAUCCCAAGAGGAGCUGGACCUACCUCCGCUACGCCGCCAGUUCCUGGAGGACAGCGAGGACCAGAGCCGGCGCUCCUACAGAUGCGACUAUUGCCACAAGGGUUUUAAGAAGUCCAGCCACCUGAAGCAGCAUGUGCGCUCACACACGGGGGAGAAGCCCUACAAGUGCAAGCUCUGUGGGCGCGGCUUCGUCUCCUCUGGGGUACUCAAGUCCCAUGAGAAGACACACACAGGAGUGAAGGCGUUCAGCUGCAGUGUCUGCAAUGCCGCGUUCACCACCAACGGCAGCCUCACCAGACACAUGGCCACGCACACGAGCUUGAGGCCAUACAGGUGUCCCUUCUGUACGCAGAGCUUCCGGACGACAGUUCACUGCAAGAAGCACAUGAGGCGGCACCAGGCAGGCACCUCGGCCCCGUCGGCGCCUGGCGAGGCUGAGGGAGGGGCAGAUAUGUGCGUGGAGGAAGAGGAAGAAAAUUCCGAGAGGAACGCGUCUAGAAAGGCGCGCCCUGAGGUCAUCACCUUCACCGAGGAGGAAACGGCGCAGUUAGCCAAAAUCCAGCCCCAGGAAAGCGCCACAGUGUCAGAGCAGGUGCUGGUGCAGUCGGCCGCCGAGAAGGACCGCAUCAGCGAGAUGAAGGACCGGCAGGCCGAGCUGGAGGCUGAGCCCAGGUUCGCCAACUGCUGCUCCUACUGCCCGAAGAGCUUUAAGAAGCCCAGCGACCUAGUCAGGCACGUGCGCAUCCACACGGGGGAGAAGCCGUAUAAGUGUGAGGAGUGUGGUAAGAGCUUCACUGUGAAGUCCACCCUGGAUUGCCACGUGAAGACCCACACAGGUCAGAAGCUCUUCAGCUGCCACGUCUGCAGCAAUGCCUUCUCCACCAAGGGGAGCCUGAAGGUCCACAUGCGCUUGCACACGGGUGCCAAGCCUUUCAAGUGUCCGCACUGCGAGCUGCGCUUCCGCACAUCUGGCCGGAGGAAGACUCACAUGCAGUUUCACUACAAGCCGGAUCCCAAGAAAGCCCGGAAGUCCACGCCCCGCAGUGCACCCGAGGGUCUGCAGCCCGCCAGCCUGCUGAGCCCAGCCUCCACCGACCCGAAUGUGCUGAUCAUGAACAACUCGGUUCUGACCGGCCAGUUUGAUCCAAACCUGCUCCAACCGGGCCUGGUGAGCCAGGCCAUCCUCCCCAGCUCCGUAUCAGGGGGUGGCGACUGGACAGUGAGUCUGACGGACGGGAGCCUGGCCGCCCUGGAGGGCAUCCAGUUACAGCUGGCAGCUAACUUGGUUGGGCCUAAUGUGCAAAUUUCUGGCAUCGACACCUCUGGCAUUAACAACAUCACGCUGCAGAUCGACCCCAGCGUCUUGCAGCAGAGCUUACAGCCCACCAGCCUGCUCACUCAGCCGCUGGCAGGGGAGCCGGGCUCGGCCCCACACAGCAGCUCCCUUCAGGCAGCAGACAGCACCGUCCCCGCCAGUGUGGUCAUCCAACCCAUCUCGGGCCUGUCCUUGCAGCCCACGGUGACCUCUGCCAACCUGACCAUCAGCCCGAUGGCAGAGCAGGACCCCGUGCUGACCACCAGCAGCAGCGGGACACAAGACCUCGCUCAAGUGAUGCCCUCAACAGGCCUGGUGUCCACCUCCAGCGGCCCCCACGAGAUCACCCUGACCAUCAACAACUCCAGUCUCAGCCAGGUCCUGGCACAGGCUGCUGGGCCCACCACGUCGGCCUCGGGGUCCCCGCAGGAGAUCACCCUGACUAUCUCUGAACUCGGCACUGCAACUGGCAGCCUCUCUUCCGCGGCGCCUGCGUCUCCGUCAGCCCUUUCUACUCAGAACCUGGUCAUGUCCUCUUCAGGCGAGGCCAGCGUCACCCUGACCCUGGCUGACACUCAGGGCUUGCUCUCGGGAGGACUGGACACGGUCACGCUCAACAUCGCUUCUCAGGGUCAGCAGUUCCCAGCCUUGCUCACUGACCCCUCUCUCUCUGGCCACGGAGGAGCAGGCUCCCCACAGGUCAUCCUGGUGAGCCACACUCCACAGCCGGGGGCCGCUGCUUGUGAGGAGAUCACCUACCAGGUAACCGACGUCUCCGCGCACCUGGCCCCGGGCAGCCAGCCCGAGAAGGAGGGCCGGCAGCAUCCGUGCGUGGAAUGUGGCCGAAGCUUUGCGUCGUCCGCUCUGCUGCUGCACCACAGCAAGGAUGCGCAUGGCCGCGAGCGCAUCCACGUGUGCCCCGUGUGCAGCAAGGCCUUCAAGCGGGCCACCCACCUCAAGGAGCACAUGCAGACACACCAGGCGGGCCCUUCUCUAAGCUCACAGAAGCCCAGAGUGUUCAAAUGCGACACCUGUGAGAAGGCCUUCGCCAAACCCAGCCAGCUGGAGCGACACAGCCGCAUCCACACAGGGGAGCGGCCCUUCCACUGCACGCUGUGCGAGAAGGCCUUCAACCAGAAGAGCGCCCUGCAGGUGCACAUGAAGAAGCACACAGGCGAGCGGCCCUACAAGUGCGACUACUGUGUCAUGGGCUUCACCCAGAAGAGCAACAUGAAGCUCCACAUGAAGCGGGCACACAGCUACACUGGAGCCUUGCAGGAGCCCACCGGCCCCCAGGAGCAGGGCCCCGAGGAGCUGAGCCAGACGCUGCACCUGGAGGAGGUGGUACCUGAGGCCGCUGGCGAGUGGCAGGCCCUGGCCAACGUCUUCUGAUGCAGCCACAGCCCCUCAAGUGUUGCCGAAGCUCCAUGCUGUGCAGAGGAUGCUCUUGGAAUUCCUAUUCUGAGGCUUCAAGUGUUAAACAUGUUACCACAGUAGGUUUUUAGCUAUAAAAUUAAAGAAUCAUUGUCUUUCAGAGACUUAGGAAAAGCGGGGGAAACGUAACCACAUGUCUCAUCCGUCCACAAAUCACUGAACUCAGGUACGACAGGCAGUUCUCCCUCUGCUCCGUGGCCAGUGUGUCUAGUUAAACACGUUAACUGGAUUUUACUAUCAUUGUAGUGUGAUUUCUUUGUAUUACAAAGACAGGUUAACAUGGAAAGGUCGAGUUUCCUUCAUGCUUUCUGUUUUAAGAAGCAUAGCUUAUAAAACAAACGUCAGGUAGGUGCACAUAGUCCAGAGAAACUCAGACCCCACAGGGAGUUGUUCCAUCUUCUUCUCUGUGCAUUUUGAAGGCAGUAGAAACUGACUCUUUUUAGUCUAUGAUAAGUUAAUAGAACUAAUACCUUGAGAGAUGGCUGGACCAGUUCUCUCUGCGUUAAAAUAUCUAAUCAUUAGUUACGAGAAGGCAGCCUCUGGGCGUAGUAAACCCGGGGAGCAGAUAAACCCGACACACGGACGAAGAUGACUCAGUCCGCACGAGACGCCGCCCUCCGCCAGCCGACACGCAGGUCCAUGGGCCAGUGGCUGCAGAAGGCACAGCCUCCAUGGCAGAUGGGACAUGACAGAGGAGCCGGGCCCUCGGCCUCACUACCGCGGUGGUCAGGUGUGUGUCCUCGGAGGCAAGAGCCCAGAUGAGCCCAUGGUUUCCUCCUCGUGCAUCAGCAGGUGUGUUUUAUUUCAGGGAAUUCUGUCUCAUCAAUGGUGCCACAUUCAACACAUCCCUCACCAAGCCCCCGCGGGGCGGCGGGCCCUUCCUACAGCAUUCCAAAGAUGGAAAGUUCUCUACUCGUGAAUUUCCCCUCGAAGUUAUUUAUAUGUUCUAUAUAUAAGUGCACAUGUACAUAUGCAGAUAAUGGGCCUCUGUGUGGCUGAACAGUAUAUUUUGUAAAUAUAAGCACUCGUCCCGCUACAGCGAGAGUGCCCGCUCGUCCCUCCCCUGAGCACUUCAGACCAGUAUUGUGUUCAUUUUAUUAACAAAUGGACCCUCCUCGUUGUAGCAGAGCUGACUGCUCCUGUUCUCCUGAGAAAUAACUGCCUUUAUGUUCUCUCAUCGCCUCCCUGGUUUCAGAAGAGGGCGGCUUUCCUGUAAAUGUUGUACAGACUUUGUACAUUAAGAGAGGAACUCGUUUCAGUUUCCAGAAAAAAGACAUUUCACUCUUAUUUUUUUGAAAGGGCAUCUUUUGAUUUUUUUCGUUGCUCACUUUUGGAUGUAUAUAAGUAACGUUGAUGGUGAUGCAAAAACUUUUGUUAUGUGAAAAUAUUUAAGUCGAAAACUGUUAAAUAAUAUUACUUUUUUUUCAAACUGCUUUGUGUAUUGUAUAUUUUUUUAAGGGAAAAAAAGCCUUAUUUGACUUACUAUUGUGAUGCUGGACUUACUGUAUAUCUGAGGUUUCCUCGAGUGUCGGUGUGUACUGGCUGUGGUCAGUGUUCAGAAUGAUGUAAUUUUGCCAGAGGUUUAAAGGUUCUGCUUUUAAUGCACUUUCUUUUAUAAUUUUGUAUUAAAAUAUUUUAGAAAUGUUGAUUAAUUUUGGUGAACAAAUAUCCCCAAAGUUGCAAUUAUUGGAAUUUAAAAAUUUUGUUCUUGCUAGUUUAUUUAUUUUGUUUUUAGCAUUAAAUGUCAUCUCAGGACAGUCUCUGAAAGGGGUUUGUUUAAUUCCUAAUUGUACGGAGAGCAGUUUUCUGAACUGUACCAGGGGAACCUAAAGCUACUUCUAUUUUGGUUAAAAAAAAAAAAAAAAAAAAAAAAAAAA